UUUUUUUUUUUUUUGGAUUCCUUCCUUCUUUCCUUUAUCCUCCUCACCGUUCCUUCUGUCCUGAAGAAUGCAGUCGCUUCAACACCAAUACUAUUCUGGGUAUCCUUAUGGUCAGCAACCUCCGUCUCAGCAACAUGACCAACCUCCGCCUUCGAUGAUGCCGCCCAUCCCCAUGAUGUCGUCUCACCAGUUUGAUCAUCAGCAAGCUCCACCCCACCUUCAUGACCCUCUUGGCCAACAACAGUCUGCCACUCUUCCCCCGGUCAAUGGCAAGUUACCCGGUCAGAAACGCAAGCAAGUCAAGAAUGCCUGUGUGAAUUGCCAAAAGGCCUGCAAAAAAUGCGAUGACGGCAGACCUUGCCAACGCUGUAUCAAGUUUGGUUUGACCGAUACCUGCGUCAAUUCUGUCCGCAAGGAAAGAAAGAAGGGCGUUAAGCGUGGCCCUUACAAGCGAAGAGUCAAGGGAGAGCAAGGCUCUGCUUCUGGUUCAGUGGGCGAUAGCAAUAACAGCAGCCCUCAGCCUUCUUCUCUUUAUGAUACUCCUUCAGGAUCGCCUGCCUUGCGUUCCCCUCUUCCAUUCUCUGCUUAUGGUAGCGCUCCUCCUCCCUAUGGCCAGCAUAAUCAAUACGAUGCUUUUGCCUAUCAACAGAAUUAUGGUUACGCCAAGGACCAGUCCAUGUUGGGCCAACAGCAGCAAUCUAGCAACGUUUCCUACAUGAUGCCUGGACAACAUCCCAUGUACCACCACUCAUUGCCUUAUCAAAUGGUGGUACCGUCGCAGCCUGGUGAUGUGCUAGCCCGCUCUAUGUCCCACUCACCUUCCCCUAAUGUGCAACAACAACAGCACCAUCAUCAGCAGCAGCAGCAUCAGAGACCCCCUCAGCAGCAGCAGCAGCAACAUCAUCAUCAACAGCACCAGCAAUCUACUCCUCGGUCUGAAACCAACGAGGAUGAGGAUGAGGAUGGAAACAAGUUGAACAUUCUUUCUCAGCUCUGCAGCGCCGUGCUGGAUCACAGCGAUGAAGAUAAACCUACUGAAAAGAAGCAAUCUAGAUCUCCUCCUCCACCCACUGGCAAGCCUGCUUAUUUAAAUGCUCAACAACCCCCCUCACAGCAAGUCUACGGAACACCUGGUUCUAGCCCCGGUCGUCUCGACGACCAAAAGUCAUGGGGCUUGCCGUCCCUUCAAAACGUUGUGAAUGAAAACCAUCAUCCUCAGCAACAGCAAUGGGUUGGUAAUAACCAUGGCAGCAACGGGUGGUAAAUAGUAAAAAAAAAAAAUUUAAAAAAUUCAGAGCCUAGAAGGCUCCACAUUCUUGGUUCUUUGAACGGACACAACCCUACCGACCCCUCCGGUUUCUGAAUAUACAAGCAAUCAUCAAAGACACCGUUA